GACCGUUAAUUGAGCAAAGUACUCGGAAUCGCAUUUUAAACAGAUAUACACGCUCGUUAACAAAAAAUAGAGUUCAAAGUAACUGGAUUUAACAUUCAAACUUGCUCAUAUAUUCGUUUUUAUUAAAAAAUAGAAUCGCUUUGGUAGACUAUGAAUACAGAGGAAUUACGAGAACUAUACUUGUCAUCUAUUUUACCUGAAAGUUUGCCGGACAAUCAUAAAUCUACUGAAAAUGCACCUUGUUUCAUGUCGCAGCGUAGUAAAGUGAUACCAGUACGGCUAGAAUACCAAGAGCGAAAACUGCUUCAUUUAUUGGUUGCUGCUCUGGAUGUAUGUGAUUAUACAGAUACCGUCGAUACCUUACGGUUCUCUUCAAAAGCUAAACGAACUGCCCAGCAAUUGAAAGGCAUUACUUCCGUUUUGGCAGGAAUUAUGAUAGCUUAUGACUAUAAGGCUGGGCAGGAAUUAUUGGAAUCUAAAGAUUUUGAAAAAUAUGCCGGCUUUUUCCAAGACGUAUUUGAGAUAGGCCGUCGGUACAAAGUUUUGAACCCCAAUCGAUUAGGUAGUACUUAUGGUAAAUUAAUGUACUUCGUUCAGGAUUCCAUGUGCCCAGAAGUUCAGGAAAAUCUUGGUUUCAAUUUAUUUAAGCCAAUUUUGACUGUUUACGAAUACCUAAAAGAUCGAAAAGCCUUGAAGGUUCUUGAGGAUCCUUAUAUUACGAAUGCUACUAUAGAGAUCGUGGCAGGAGGGCGAUCAAGAUCUGCUAUCCAGAAAGAUAUAAAAACGAAAGAGCGCUCAGUAGAGACUAUUGCUAAAAGACACGCGAGCUCUUCCAUAACGAAGGAUCAAAUUCGUUGGUGCUUAUAUUCCUUGGCAGAUAGCAAUAGUUACUUACGAUUUAACCGUGAUCCGGUUGCUAAAUUGAUAGAUAUGGUAAAACAAAAUUUUUCCCCUGAUACCGUGGAUGAUGAAUUCAGUUUAGCUAUUGAUGCUGCCAAUGGCUCUCGUUUACAGCACAAUCAUUAUAAGCAGUACCAUUACGUACUACAAAGUCUUAACUUGUGGCUUUUAAUUAUGGGUGAAAUCUUCUCUUUAUGGGCUCUAAGUGAUUUGGAGUUGACAAAUCCAGAUGUUCAGUACGAGCUGGUCGAUAAUAAUCAAGGAGUUCAUAGAAUACAGGCCUGUCCUAAUAUUCGAAUCGCUAUGGAACGUAUUUUGAGUAGGGCUCAAAGACAAGCUGGCUCAUGGAUUGGUGAUUCGACAAUUCACUUGGGUGAUACGGCAGUUCCGAAUGCUUUACUAUUUAUUGAUAAAUAUAUGCAGGUACCGCGUAUUCUUACUCCACUAGUUUUGUUUUUUGAGGAACUUGACUCUUUACAUGAUCAGGCUUUACUUCGCUAUAUAGAAACCGCCUUCGGAGGGAAGGAAUAUUUGAAGAAAAUGGUGUUAACAGAUUUUAUGCGCUUUGGUUUCGAUGGCUCUGGUGCGGACAACUGGUUUGAUGCUGGCAGUUGUAUUGACGGUCGCCUUACUAGCGCUUGGAACUGGGCUAAUAGUAUUCAUACAAAAGAUUAUUAUAGAGUACUAUUAAUGACUGGUUUUUUGAGCUUUAAUGGAGAAUAGGAUGUUAAAUUAGAAACUAAAAAAAAUAUAUAUAUGAAUUUUGCUUGAAUCCAGAAUAAAAUUACUAGUUUUACGAUGCAUUUUUUUUUAAAAAAAAAAACUACCUCUCAAUGCAUUAGCUGAGCUACUUAAUUACAAAAUGU